AUGGACCUUGCUUUCAUCCUCGUCGUGAUCUGCCAAGUGCUUGUCUCCAGUGCAUGGCCAGAGCUUCACUUUUCCGAUGAUCAAACCUUUCACAUCACAAUAUUUGAGGACUUGCACUUCGGAGAAGGGCCAGACACAGACUGGGGCCCACGUCACGAUGCGAACACUUUGAAGACUAUGAAACGCGUUCUUGAGGACGAGUCCCCGGAGCUUGUGGUUCUUAAUGGUGAUUUGAUCACUGGGGCGGACACUUUUAAGGAGAACUCAACCGAUUACGUGGACAUGAUCGUGGCGCCCAUUGUAGAAGCUGGAUUACCUUGGGCAUCUACGUACGGUAACCAUGACUCUGAUUUCAAUCUGUCCAGGAAAGACAUUUACAGCCGGGAAAAGACCUAUGAAAAUAGCUUGACUGGGUGUGAUGUCAAUCAGAAUGAUUCUGGUGUCUCCAACUACUACCUCCCUGUUUACACCAAUGAUACUUCUUCAAUCCCAGUCAUGAUCCUUUGGUUCUUCGACAGCGGGGGCGGCCGUCAGCAAGCCCAGAACGGGGCGGCUAUCAGCCGGCCGGAUUGGGUUGACGGCAGUGUGGUGUCUUGGUUCGAGGAGACCAGAGAUCAGCUCCAAACCACGUACGGGACAGCAAUACCAUCUCUUGCCUUCUUCCACAUCCCAGUCCGUGCUUCCGCAGCUUUUCAGUCAGCUGCAGUCAACUCAAGCACAGCACCUGGGAUCAAUGCAGACGGCCAGUUCCCCGGACAAGGCAGCAAAGAGCAAGACACACCACUCAUGCAGGCUUUACUAAAUUCCAAAAAUCUGACCGCAGCUUUCAGUGGCCACCAGCAUGGUGAUGACUGGUGUUUCAAGUGGGAUAAGCAGCUGAGUGGGAUGAAUUUAAUUGGUGAUGGACUGAACCUUUGCUUCAGCAGGCGUACGGGAUAUGGAGGCUAUGGGGACUGGAAGAGAGGCUCUAGACAAAUUCUCGUGAGUCUUGAGUCGCUUGGAAACUCAGUUGAGACGUGGAAUCGUCUUGAAGAUGGGAGUGUCAGUGGAGAGGUGACUUUGAACUCCACAUUUGGCACAGACAAUUACCCCUUGGUUCAGUCUUAA